AGUAAACAAUAGAACCGUUAGUAGCGUCAGAGAUAUUGGUAGCGUUAGCUGCAUGCUCAUAAUGAAUUAGCUGGAAGAUGAGAUUGUAGUCGUAGUUUUGUUUGUCAUGUGGAAACAAUGUCUUCUGUUGGGUAUUUGAGAGAUUUUGUGAACGAGCGACUGGCUGUAGCUGCUGAGGAGAUAUUCGGAGUUUUUGAGAAAACUGUCGUCGAGUACGAGGAAGAGAUUGAGCGUCUGCGCAGACUGUUGGAUAUCGCCUGGAAACCUGAAAUAAAGCUACACAGGAUAGAGCUCCCACAUGUCUGUAAGGGAGAGGAGGUUCUCACUGACCAACAGCUCUGUGUCCAGGAGAGUCUGGACCAAGAGGACCCAGAGCCUCCACAGAUUAAAGAGGAAGAGGAAGAGGAGGAACUCUGCACCAGUCAGGAGGGAGAGCAGCUUGAACUGAAGGAGGAGGCUGAUACCUUUAUGUUGACUCCAAUAUAUGAGGAAAGUGACCGCAGUGAAGAUCAGACUCUGUAUUUGAAUCCUGAUACAACUCUGGAGCAAGAGUCUGUAAUCGACAUACCAGAGGCACACAGUGACCACCAGCUCCUCUCUCACAGCUCUCAUGUAGCUGAGGGCCAGGAUCAUACAGGAGACAAGCAUGGAGACUCAGAAUCGAGUAGAGAUGCAGAAGCCGAACCUCAAAAAAGACAUUACAAAAGCAGAAGUCACAGUGACAGCGUUAACAGCCUUAAUUUGUCAGAGCUUCACCGUAAAACUCAGGCAGACAAAAGGCCUUUCAAAUGUGACACAUGUGGGAAAGAUUUUAAGUCUGAGUCAAAACUGAGUAUACACCUGAGCAUCCACACGGGUGAGAAACCUUACCUUUGCAAGACCUGCGGGAAAAGAUUUGGUUACAUGUCCGUACUGAAAACUCAUUUACUCAUCCACGCAGAUAAAAAGCCGUAUUUGUGCCAAGCAUGUGGGAAAGGUUUCAGAAUUAGCAGUGCCCUGAAACUCCACAUGAGAAUGCACACAGGUGAGAAGCCGUACCUUUGCAAGACAUGCGGGAAAAGCUUCUGUGCCAUGCAAGUGUUGAAAAGGCAUUUGACAAUCCACACAGGUGAGAAGCCGUAUAUUUGCAAAACAUGCGGGAGAGCUUUCAGGCAGAGCAGUGACUUGAAAGGCCACAUGAGGAUCCACACAGGCGACAAACCGUACCUUUGCAAGACCUGUGGGAAAACAUUCUGUGACAUCUCAGCGUGGAAAAGGCACAUGAGAGCCCACACGGGCGAGAAACCGUACAUCUGCAAGACCUGCGGGAAGAGAUUUGGUUAUAUGUCAGUACUGAAAACUCAUACGAGAAUCCACACAGGUGAGAAGCCAUUUUCAUGCAUCACCUGUGAGAAAAAAUUCAGUCGGAGGCCAGACUUGAAAAAGCACAUAAGGAUCCACACAGGUGAGAAACCAUAUGUUUGCACAACAUGUGGGAAAGCCUUCAGACUUAGUGGUGACCUGACAGUCCACAUUAGAAGAGCCCACACUGGUGAGAAACCGUAUCUUUGCAAGAUCUGCGGAAAAAGAUUCUUUGAUGUGUCUUAUUUAGCAAAGCAUAUGAGAAUGCACAUAGACAAUAUGAGAGCGUUUGUGUGUGACAGACUCACCGCGGCUGCGCAGGAAAUAUUGGGAGCAUUUGAGAAGAGGAUAGAAAACUACGAGGUAGAAAUCGCUCGUCAACGCAGACUUUUGGACGCCCUGUUGUCACCUGAGAUAAAGUUACACCGGACAGGGCUCCCGCCAGAUCCUCCCCCGAUUAAAGAGGAACAUGUGGAAAUGUGCAUCAGUCAGAAACGACAGCAGCUUCCACAGCAACAAGAGACUGAAGCUUCUAAGUUGACUCCAGCAGAGCUCCCAGUGCCAUUUGUCUGUAAGAAGGAGGAGAAGGAAGUUCUUCUUGACCAGCAGCCCUGUAACCACGAGGGGAACCCAGAGCCUCCACGGAUUAAAGAGGAACAAGAGGAAGUCUGCACCAGUCAGGAGGGAGAGCAACUUGUAGUGAAGCAGAGGAGUGCAGCAGAGGGUGAUCCCCUCGACAAAAUCCGUAUUGAAUGUGUGAGAUCUGAAUCUGACACAACUAGUUCUGCAGCAUCACAACCAAACAGCGACUUUGAGUAUCAAGACCAAGAUCGCAGGACACAAAACCAUGGAAACGCAACACCAACCGCACCAAAACCAAAGAAGAAUCGUAGUGCGGAGAACACAUCAAUUACAAAUAUUGAGCCCAAACCAAAGAACUCUGGGAGCACAUCAUCAACUGCGAGUGCCAAGCCAAAACCGAGGAAGAAGUCUGGGAACACAACAUCAGCUGCAAAUACUGUAAAACCAAAAAAGAAGUCUGGGAACACGGCAUCAAUUACAGAUUCUGUGAAACCAAAAGAAAAAUCUACAACAUUCACUGCAAAUACUGAUCCAAAACCAAAGGAUAAACACAUCGUUGAGAAAACAUCAUCUGCUAACACAUCAACUACAAAUGCUGCAGAACCUAAAGAGAAUUAUGGGAACACAACUACAAAUACUACACCAAAAUCAAACAAGAAACGUAAUGCAGAGAAGACAUCAUCAACUACAAAUUCUGAGCCAAAACCAAACAAGAAAAAUAAGGAUGAAGAUCCAAGAUCAAGUAUUGAUCCAAAGCCAAAGGAUAAAUGUAGCAAUGGCCAAACACAAACAUCACAAGAGAGAUGCAAUGGGACCACAACAUCAGCUGGUACCAAUGACAACAAAUCUCACGUGUGUGUGGAAUGCGGAAACACCUUCUCUUUAUUGAAAAAUUUAAAAGUUCACAUGAGAAUCCACACUGGCGAAAGGCCUUUUAAAUGCAGCUACUGUGAGAGGACCUUCAUCCAGAAAUCUACCUUGAAGCGACACACGAAAACUCACACUGGAGAGAAGCCCUUCCAAUGCGACUCCUGUGGGAAGACGUUUGCCCAGAUGAGAGCGGUUACCAAACACAUGAGAACUCACACAGGUGAGAAGCCGUACGUUUGUCAAACCUGUGGGAAAAAAUUCAGCUGCGGUGCUAAUCUGAAGAAGCACACGAGGGUUCACACCGGCGAGAAACCCUACAUAUGCAGCGAGUGCGGGAAGGACUUUGCAGAUUCCUCUGCAUUUAAAAAUCACACUCGCGUGCACACAGGUGAGAAACCUUAUAAAUGCCCUCGAUGCAAGAAAAGGUUCACGCUCAGCACAACUUUGACAAAGCACAUAAGAACCCACACGGGUGAAAAGCCAUACAAGUGUGACACUUGUGGAAACUGUUUUUCUCAAAGAACAGACUUGAAAAUACACAUCAGGAUCCAUACAGGGGAGAGACCGUACAAAUGCAGCGUCUGUGGAAAAGGCUUCGUAAACAGCACAAAGCGGAAUAAUCACAUGAUUGUUCACAGGGAUGUAGCAUCCAGCAGCAGCAUUUCUAAGAAGAUGUAACUGUGCCAACAUGAAAAAGUUUAUUUAAAGUUUGGAAAAAGUUUUCUCUGUGUGGUCUUGUUUCUAAGCAUGACCGCAUCUGAACCACACAAGUCUGAUAAAGACACUCAAGCAAUGACUGGGAAGUGAUAACAUUGCAUCCUUUGUGGAAAUGUAAAUACCAACUCUGAGACACAUCUGUUGUUGGACCCAGAGUCAGCUGCUGACUUGGGUGUGGAUGGAUUACUGAGAGGGCCUACUGGGAACAGGACCAGAGACAAAGACAUGAAAAAACAACCACAAAGAGACACAAAAAGACCAUAAAGAGACACAAAAUGACCACAAAGAGAUGACAAAUGACCACAAAGAGAUGAAAAAGACCACAAAGAGACACAUAAUGACCACAAAGACUUGCAAAACAAAAACAAGGAGAAAUAAAAAAAAAACCCCAGAGAUGCAAAAUUACUACAAAGAG